UCCAACCACAACAAACUCUCUAACUUUGUUUCCCAAUCAAUCACUGGUAAUCCUAUCAUUUGCAUUCAUUACCUGAAAUUUUUUUUUCAUCUUUUUAAUUUUUGGUUCUUUUUAGCAUCUUCUUUUGUUCAUGCUUCUUCUUAGCAUUGCAUUUGAUUUUCAUAUACAUGAACAAGUUCAUGUCUAGCAUUUCAAGAAACAAGUUUUUAGAAAUGGGUAGAGAACGUGGAGUUCUCCAACAAGAGAUUCAGGUGUUAUGGGAUGAGAUUGGAGAAACUGAGGAGGAUAGGGAGAGGAUGAUGUUGGAGAUGGAGCAAGAAUGCUUGGAAGUGUACAAGAGAAAUGUCGACAAGAUAAACCGAAGCCGGGUUGAGAUACUUCAAGCUAUUGCUGAUUCGGAGACCGAAUUCGAGGACAUAUGCUCUGCAUUAGGUGAACCGAAUUUUCGUCUCAAGAAGACCAAACAAAAUGCUUCAAGCUUAAAGGAAGUGCUCAAGGAGAGUUUUGAACAAUUGGAUGUGAUGCAAAAGGUGAAGAGUGAUAGAUUGAAUCAAUUCCUUGAAAUCAUAGAUCAAAUACGAAGGAUAUUGAUCGAGAUCGGUCAAACGAAGUUUAAUCCAUCUUUGAUCUCCUUAAAUGAGUUUGAUUUAUCGGUGAGAAAGCUUGAAGAGUUGCAGAGGAAGCUACACUUGCUUGAAAGUGAGAAGACCGAUCGUUUGAACUUAGUGAUCGACCAUUUGAGUACUUUGAAAUCACUAUGUCUCGUACUUGGUUUGAAUUACGAAAAAAUGGUUUAUGAGAUACACCCAACAUUAAAAGAAGCUGAAGAUAAAAAGAGUAUCACUGAUGAUGCAAUUGAAAAGCUUGGUUCUGCGAUUGAGAGCUUGCGAAAUGUCAAAUUAGAAAGAAUGCAGCAGCUACAAGAUCUUGCAACAACAAUGCUAGAGUUGUGGCAUUUGAUGGAUACUCCGAUUGAAGAACAACAAAGUUUUCGAAGAGUUACUUGCAACAUAGCUGCUUCAGAACAUGAGAUAACAGAGCCCAAUGCUCUCUCAAUCGAUUUCAUUAAUCAUGUGGCUUUAGAAGUUUCGAGACUUGAAGGGAUAAAAGCUAGCAAAUUGAAAGAACUCAUUCUAAAGAAAAUGGCAUCUUUGGACGAGCUCCGACGAGGGGCACACUUAGUAGCAGCAUCAGACAACAACACACAAUCAACAAUCGAAGCUAUUGAUACUGGAGCUGUCGAUCCUUCGAUUGUACUUGAUCAAAUAGAAUCUGAAAUCUGUAAUGCUAAAGAUGAGGUCUUUAGCAGGAAAGAAAUUCUUGAAAAGGUUGAGAAAUGGAUUGCUGCUUGUGAAGAAGAAUCAUGGCUAGAGGAAUACAAUAGAGAUGAGAAUCGAUACAGUGCUGGAAAAGGCGCUCACCUUGCUCUACGACGAGCAGAAAAAGCAAGAGCAACAGUAAACAAAAUUCCAGGUAUGGUUGAGACAUUAAUUGCGAAAACUGUAAUGUGGGAGAAAGAUAGAGAAAAAGAAUUUACUUAUGACAGUUCAGGACUAUUGUCGAUGAUGGAAAGUUACAUGAAUGCAAGACAGGAAAAGGAGCAAGAAAAAAAACGACAAAGGGAACAAAGGAGACUCCAAAGUCAGCAAACAGCAGAUCAACCAAGUCCUCUUAAACCACAAAACAUGAAAAAGUUAACCAAAUCAUCGUCAUCGGGACGGAAGCCAAAUACUCCAAUAAGCACGCCGAGGUCUACGAGUUUUAGCAGGAAAUGUGAUGAAGAGAAAGGAAUGGAUGGAAUGUCGGUUGGCCGGAAGCCAUUUGUUGCUUUAGUUUCAGAAGAUAACUGGCCUGCAACCCCCACAAAAAUGGCUGCUGUUGAGGUGGAAGAGAGUGGAGUUCCAGGGACAAUGCAGAUGGCUGAUCAAAAUGUGCAAGAAGUUGAGUACUCAUUUGAAGAGAGAAGAGCAGGUUUUGUCUUGUCCAGUGCUCACAUGAACUGUGUACAGAAAUGAGGUAGUUUUUAGUGUUUUUGGCUAGUCAAUCUUUCAUGAGUAUUAGUGAGAAGAGAAUUAAAAGUGAUUCCAUUACUUGAUUUGUAUGUAUAUACUACAUA